AUUAUCGUCUCUACCGGAGUGACUGACAAUAAUUAUUUAAGUCAUCGGGAGUUCGUUUUACAAAUCGCGACAUUUUGAGAGGUUCAGGGCGCGGAACGUUUAACUUUAGCUGUAUGUGCCCACCUGGUUCAAAAGCCUCUUUUCAGCUUCAAUUUGACAUGGAUGUUUUCAACCAGGUAUGCCUGAAUGUGAUCCUUUAAGUGGUAAAUAUACGUCGGGAUGAGUUAGGAACUGUGUCCUUUAAGUAAUUGAAUGUGCGUCCUGGGGAGUGAAAUGUAUUAAGCUCUGAAAGAGAAUAGCUUUAUGUAAUAAAUCGAACACAAUUGACAAAGCAUGGAUGUGCCGAAUCCAAACCGUACUUGCUGUGAAUUCACUUCCUUAGUUAUGUGAGCCAUUGGAAACGUCUUCAAGACUCGACAAAAUAUGAUGGGCUUUUCGAAAAAGUCCAUCAGUGGCAGUAUUCAUCGGAUAAGAGAAUUUGAGCUUGAAAAAGUCAACUUGGCAGAGGAGUUCGAAAUUUUGCAAAUCGUUGGAGAAGGAUGGUUCGGAAAAAUUCUUCUUGUAGAACACAAAAUUACAGACACCGAAAUGGUUCUGAAAGCUUUACCUAAGCCAUACGUAGCGCUUAAAGAUUUCUACAGAGAGUUCCAUUACGGGCUCCAUCUGGGAGCUCAUAGAAAUAUUAUCACCACUUACGAUGUAGCCUUUGAGACGGCUGGCUUCUAUGUUUUCUCUCAAGAGUACGCUCCUCUGGGUGACUUGACCUCAAAUGUCUCCGAAAACGGUGUCGGCGAGGUGUACAGUAAAAGAGUUGCAAAACAGUUAGCGGCAGCAAUAGAUCAUUUGCACGCCAGAAAUCUGGUGCAUAGGGAUGUUAAGCUAGAUAACGUGCUUGUUUUCAAGUCGGACUUCUCCAGGAUCAAAUUAUGUGAUUUCGGCGAGACCCGAAGAUUCGGCGCCUCCGUUCGACGAAGAAACGAAUGGAUUCCAUACUGCCCUCCAGAGGUUUUACUGACUGAUGUAGAUCAAACUUACAAGGCGGAUACGUCACACGACGUGUGGCAGUUUGCGAUCGUGCUGUUCGUAUGUCUGACCGGGUGUUUGCCAUGGCAGAAAGCGGCCCUAGACGACCCUCGCUACAGCCGUUUUCUUUUCUGGCAUGGGAGCAAUGGUGUGCUUAUGCCAAUCCGCCAGCCGAAACUUUUCAAACUCCUGUCUUCGAAGGCCCAACGCUUUCUUAGGAAGUUCCUGGAGCCCCGCCCCGAAAAGCGGCCCAGUCGACUGGCACAACUCUCUGCCUACACCGACGACCGAUGGCUCGCCAAAUCCUCCUUUGAAAGAUCAAGUGAGCGAGGCGGGAGUGGUGAGAUGGAUAUGCUGUGUCCCUCGAUGUACAGCUACCACAGCAGUGUUGAGGAAAAGAACAAGCUGCUGUCGAGUCUGGCGCAGCGGGGGAUCGAGGUUGUGGUGGACCGCUCAGCGAAGAAGGACCGAAUCCGACAGUGGAUCCAGUCCAGUGUCAUCGAGGAAGACGAGGAAGCUGAGACAGAGACUGAGUCAAACGUCCGCACAGAGGAGACAGAAGUCGAACCUCCCGCCGAUGGUUCUGAGUUCAGCCCCAGUGAACAUACCAGCGAGUCAAGCGCUCGUCUCUCAAGGAUUUAACUUCAGAGCCAAUUUUAUAGGUGAGGAGCCACGGGACUUCAUUUCAAUGCUAUGUUGCAAAGUUUCCUUGUUCAUUUAUUUACUCAGGCACGGGCACAAAUUUUCUUUCUUUGGAAAUUCAUUGAGAAUUUUCUUCGACGUCAACUGUCAACCUGGCAUGUUUUAUGUGUUACAACGUGCACACAUGAGGAAGGAAGUACGUUGCCAGGCGAGACUUCAAUACAUUGCAAUGCAAUCGAGCCUAUCUGGCACUCACCCCUUCAAGUAUCAUGUCUUGCAUGGGUGUCAGGCACAAUCUAGUGGAAAUUUCUUUAAGCCCCCACUUGCUUUUUUUCCCUUUUUGGUAAGUAAGAUCGUAUCCCAGAGGAAUUUGAAAUACUGUGGUUGUUUUUACGGGAUUUGGACACCUUGGCCUUGUAAGGAAAGCAAACCCUUUACUGGUGCACAGCUUAGUCAUAGGAGACAACAUUGCCGGCACAAAUAUUAAAUGUAUAUUUUCUCAUAUUAAUUUUGUGCUAAUAUUUCACUUAAUUUUAAGGGUACGGAUUUUUGAAUAAAUUUAUUACUUCUGUUU